UCAGUUACUAUACCGACUCUUAACUGUCGAACGCAGUAAUUUCACCUCCGAGUGAACCCUCUCAAACCCUCUUCUUCCUCCCAUCUGACUUAUUCUCUUUCAUCCAAACAUGCGCGAGUGUAUCUCCAUCCACGUUGGCCAGGCCGGCGUCCAGAUUGGCAAUGCCUGCUGGGAGCUGUACUGCCUUGAGCACGGCAUUCAGCCCGAUGGACAGAUGCCCAGCGAUAAGACCAUCGGCGGAGGCGACGACUCCUACAACACCUUCUUCAGCGAGACCGGAGCCGGCAAGCACGUCCCCAGAGCCGUGUUUGUGGAUCUGGAGCCCACCGUCAUCGAUGAGGUUCGUUCCGGCACUUACCGCCAGCUCUUCCACCCCGAGCAGCUGAUCACUGGAAAGGAGGAUGCCGCCAACAACUAUGCCCGCGGUCAUUACACCAUUGGCAAGGAGAUCAUCGACCUGGUGCUCGACAGGAUCCGCAAGCUGUCUGACCAGUGCACGGGUCUCCAGGGCUUCCUGGUCUUCCACAGCUUUGGAGGUGGCACCGGUUCCGGUUUCACCUCCUUGCUGAUGGAACGUCUCUCCGUCGACUACGGCAAGAAGUCCAAGCUGGAGUUCUCCAUCUACCCCGCCCCACAGGUCUCCACCGCCGUGGUGGAGCCGUACAACUCCAUCCUGACCACCCACACCACCCUGGAGCACUCGGACUGCGCCUUCAUGGUCGAUAACGAGGCCAUCUAUGAUAUCUGUCGUAGGAACCUCGAUAUCGAUCGUCCUUCCUACACCAACCUGAACAGGCUGAUCAGUCAGAUCGUGUCCUCGAUCACGGCCUCUCUGAGGUUCGAUGGCGCCCUGAACGUCGAUCUGACCGAAUUCCAGACCAACUUGGUGCCCUACCCUCGUAUCCACUUCCCCCUGGCCACAUACGCCCCCGUGAUCUCGGCCGAGAAGGCUUACCACGAGCAGCUCUCAGUGGCCGAGAUCACCAAUGCCUGCUUCGAGCCGGCCAACCAGAUGGUGAAAUGUGACCCGCGUCACGGCAAGUACAUGGCCUGCUGCCUGCUGUACCGCGGUGACGUCGUACCCAAAGACGUCAACGCCGCCAUCGCCACCAUCAAGACCAAGCGCACCAUCCAGUUCGUGGACUGGUGCCCCACUGGUUUCAAAGUGGGUAUCAACUACCAGCCACCCACCGUGGUGCCCGGCGGAGACCUCGCCAAGGUCCAGAGAGCCGUGUGCAUGCUGAGCAACACCACGGCCAUCGCCGAGGCCUGGGCCAGGCUCGACCACAAGUUCGACCUGAUGUACGCCAAGCGCGCUUUCGUGCACUGGUACGUAGGAGAGGGCAUGGAGGAGGGAGAGUUCUCCGAGGCCAGGGAGGACAUGGCCGCCCUGGAGAAGGAUUACGAGGAGGUCGGUGUAGAUUCCGUCGAGGGAGAGGGUGAGGAGGAGGGCGAGGAGUAUUAAGAAGCGAAUCGUUCUCUCCGUAAGCGUAUCACGUCAGAAACGUCCCGUGUUCUUUCACUAGCGUGGAUCCGUGUGCACGCCAUCUCGUUUUCUCGUUUGUGCGUCUGCUAUAUGUGUUGAAGUUCGGCCUGCGUAGCGGGUAAUGUAACGGUACUCUUCUGCUCUCCUGAACCACACGUUUCUUACUGUCAUCUUCUGACUGAUAUGCAAUAAAUUAUUCACACAAUA